UUAAGAUUCCUCGAACUUUUUCCCGAUUUUUUUUUUUCCCAGUUUUUUUAGGGAACAGUCAGCAGAGCAGAGAUUCUCCUGAAAGACGGGAACAAAAGUUGAAACCCCGACACAGCAGAGCUGAGGGUGUUUUCAGCCCGAAGAAGCUCCGUCUGGUUUUUCUCCAUAGAGGACAGACGCAGUGAGGCAUCCGAGGAAAGCAGAAGAAGGAGGUAAAAUGGCCCGGGAGGAGCCGCGGAACAGGACGAGCUAACUCCGAGAAACUUCGUCGGCCGUGUUUUUUCCCCCUCCGGAGGACAAAAAAGAUGGAAGGAGAAAAGGAAAAGCAGUGGGAGCAGCAAGAGGAGAAGGAAAGCAACGAAGCAGAGGACGACACAAGAAGCGACGAUGAUGAAACCUGCAACGAAGUGGAGGAUGGAAACUCUGAGAGGGCGGUGAUGGUUUGGCAAGAGGGCAAUGAGAAGGACGAACUGGGCAAUCCCAUCAUGCACUGGGAGGCUCUGAGCCUGUGCAUUGCUGAGCUGGAGAAGCAGGAGGAGGAGAAAAAGGCGAAGGCCGGAGCCUCUCUGGAGCGUGACGGGGCCCCCAGGGGCCGCACUGAGGACCGGGGCAGAACCGCCAGUAGCUGGGACGACGGCAGCGACGCCUGCAACAGCCACGUUCUGGCUUUGACAUCACGCCUGCACACACAGAUGAAUCUCCAGCUCUGCUUCAUCAAUAACAGUGAAAGUGAGGAGGAAGAGGAUGAAGAGCCAGAGAAAGAUGUGUGCAGCAAGAAGAGCAGCAGCUCCUGGGUAAUAGCCUGCAGCCUGACCCGUCAGUAUCAAACCAGGCCCGUUUAUUUCCUCUCAGUGCUUCUGCUUAUUGUCCCUCACCAACAGCAGAAGAGGACAGCAUCGACUCAGAAGAACUCCAAGAACCCUUCCGUGUCCGAAGAGCCGAAGUCCAGAGGCUUCAGGAACACCCUGAGGAACCUCCGAGACCGGCUGAGAACCGACCAGAGGAAAAAGGUAUCAGGACCGGUGAACUGCUGCGCAGAGACAGCCGGUUGUAGAGAAGCGGUGGCCCAGCGGACCCACCUGGAGCUCAGCGAUGUGGAGCGUCUCAGUGUGGAGCAGCUGCAGGCGCUCUGUGCGUCUCUCAGACAGGACAUACAAGACCUGAGCUCUGAGCUGGUGAGUCGCCUCCACAUCCGGGACCAGCUGAGGACGGAGCAGGACGCCAUGCUGCUGGAGGUGCAGGAUCUGACCUCGCUGUGACGCGUCCCGUCUCGAGCGUCGCAUCUUGAUUUUUGCACAGAAACCAUUUCAACAGAGAACGAGCGCGAAGCUCAGGUAGACUCAGACGUUCCCCACCGCAGUGUUCCUGUCAGUACUCUGAAUGCAAACUUCCAAAGUUUGCACUGGGAUAGAAGAAACCCUCGCUGCAGUCAAAUCCAGCCGGGUUUGCUCGUCAUCACCACUUCAUCUGUCAGUUCCUUCACUGCAUGAACACAUGAGAGAGGCUAAUCCCAGUUAGUUUCUCUCACUAACUUGCCCCUCAGGCUGUGGACGGUGGCUUUUGGAAAUGUUUUAACUCAGAAUGUAAGAAGAUCAGGAGCUCCAGUCAGAGGCAGCUGGACUUCUUCUCUUGUUUCCUGAUGACGUUUGGCGUCUCGUCUUCACUGCUUCUUUGGUUCUGAACAUGUUUGAAGCAGACCUGUCACAAUAAGCAAUAAAUCAAUUAAUCGCAUGAUAAAUGAAAAGAAACUCAAAACUUUUCAUCUACUUGAUUUAUCUCUUUUUUUUCUUUUGAAAGAAUUUUGUUUACACAGACUUCAUGUUUCUUUUUAUUUAUUUUGAAUAUUUCAAAUGUCUUCCAUUUCCAGUCUUGAAAGUUUAUUGAUUAGUUAGAAUGUGUUCUUGCCAUUAUUGUGCCACUGUUGCUGUCAUAUUACUUGAAACUAACUCAAAACAACAAUAUUAUCAUUUUAGCGCAAUAAGUUCUGGAACAAUAUAUCGUGAUUGUAAAAUCUGUUAUCGUGACAGGCCAGUUGGAAGUAAGAGUCUUUUAAACACCUUCAGAACCAAAGAGGUUUUUUCGAUCUUCAGGAAACAGGAGAAGUCCACUUGCUUUCUACUCAACCGUGUUCUACAUGUUCUAGAUCGACACCCGCAAAUAACAGUUCCUGUUUGCUGAGGACGUGAGGAAAGCUUAGAUUGGAUAAUAAGGUUUGAUUCAUUUCAUUCAGUCCUUUCAAACAAAAAAAACCCAGUUUCUCUGCCGUCGUGGCGCUCCGCUCUAACUGACCCAGAGGUCACGCCUUCUGUCAACUUAGAAUUAAAAUGUUUACAACAAAAAUGACAAUCGGAUACUCAUACUUAAAAUUUGCUGUAGUGUUUUUGUUUUAUACCAGCAUCCACAUAAUUUUUCUGGAACAAGAACCAGCUCAUGUGGGUCUACAUCAGUUCUAUAUAUAUAUUUUUAAUUUAACAUAAGUUUUCUUAUUGGGACAGCAAUAAAAGAACUAACACUAAACUCAGGAGCAUCGAUCUUUCCAUCCCACCUAAACUCCUGUGGCUUAUUGUUAAAUAAAUGAUGUGAAAGUGAUAAUGUGAUACUUUUUUAGGACAUUUUGUUAAUUUAAUUGUCACUAAAAUCCAAAAUGAGCUUGAAGUGAAAUACAAACUGGGGCUUCAGUAGGGAAUCAGUAUCUUUCAUAAGGGAUUUUUAGCCUUUCAGUUUUUGUAAACUCAAAGCUGAACAAGCAUGUUGGAGCAUCUUGGUCACAGACCCAGAGGUUGUCGGAUCAAACCCCGCUCAGGCCACAGGCUGUAUAUGGUAGUCUCAACUCGGUUGAGUCAGUCAAAAGUUUACAUACAAGAAGCUCAGUUCAUUUUGUUGUUGUUGUUUUUUUUACUAAAGUAAUCUGUGUCACUAAACUUUCACCAGUUGUGUAAUUUCAUCAUGAACCUGUUUUGUUCAACUAUGAGCUUUUUAAAGAUCUCAUGUAUGGUCUGUCAUAUAUUAUCUACACUGAUCAUUUUUUGUAUAUGUAUUAAAAAAAACGUAACAUUAAAGAACAUAAACAUGA